CACAAUUCUUCUUCUCCACAACUCGGUCUCAACAGUAUAUUCUAGCUUCUUACUUUCUCAGAUCUCAACUUCUUAUCUUUAGAACUUUAGUAAACACCUCAACAGAGAUCGCACCUCUAAAAUUCAUCAUGGCUUCUUUAGUUUACACACACCUAUUACUACAGCUAGUUCUACUAAUCUCUUUCUUCCAUUUCAACUUGGCAGCAAGGAGACUUGCUAGUUCAGCUGAAACCCAACAACCUUUACCCUUCCAAUACCACAAUGGCCCUCUUCUUACUGGAAAAAUCUCCAUCAAUCUCAUCUGGUAUGGCAAAUUCAAGCCCACACAAAGAGCUAUUAUCUCAGAUUUCAUUGCCUCUCUUUCUACUUCCACACCCACAAAAUCUCAACCCUCUGUUGCCACCUGGUGGAAAACCACUGAGAAAUACUACCACCUCAGCAACUCGAAGAAGCCCUCCACUCUUGUACUCUCAAUGGGUACACAGAUCAUUGAUGAGACUUACUCCUUAGGCAAAUCACUCUCAAAUCUGCAAAUAGAAGAGUUGGCAUCAAAGGGUGCCCAUGAAAAUGCCAUUAACGUGGUUCUAACAUCAGCUGAUGUGGCAGUUGAAGGCUUUUGUAUGAGCAAAUGUGGAACCCAUGGUUCUUCAAAAGCUGCUUCUGUUCAAGGCAAAAGCUACAAAUUUGCUUACAUUUGGGUUGGAAACUCGGAGACUCAAUGCCCAGGUCAAUGCGCUUGGCCAUUUCACCAGCCCAUAUAUGGACCCCAGAGCCCUCCCCUUGUUGCCCCCAACAACGAUGUGGGUCUGGACGGCAUGGUCAUCAACCUGGCUAGUCUCUUGGCAGGUACGACUACAAACCCAUUUGGAAAUGGCUACUUUCAAGGACCAAAGGACGCGCCAUUAGAGGCUGCAUCGGCUUGUCCUGGUGUGUAUGGCAAGGGGGCUUACCCUGGCUAUGCUGGGGACCUCUUGGUUGACCCAACAACAGGUGCUAGCUAUAAUGCAAACGGUGGCAAUGGAAGGAAAUACUUGCUUCCAGCUCUCUUUGACCCAUCUACAAAAUCUUGUUCAACUCUGGUCUGAGGGAAGAUUAUGAAACGUGCCUACACGUUAUUGUAUACAAAAAAUGUCUUAGACAAUAGAAUCAGGAGAUAGAUAAAUUCUUUGAUUUAUUGAUUCAUUUGUAUUACGGUCAGAUAAUGAAAUUCCAAUAUUCUUUUAUAACCAA